AUGGCCGCGUCGCUGGGUCCGACGGAGCACGACAUUGACGUCGACAUCCCGCUGACGUGGCGCAAGGUGCUGCUCACAGUCGGCUCGUACUUCCUCUUCUUCACCGACAUUCCGCGGUCCGGGCUGGGCUUUGCGACGCUUCCUGCCGGCUACGUCUCGGCGACCGAGACCACGUACGUGGACUUUGGCCCGUACCAUUACCCGAUCAUCACCAUGCUGCGGCUUCCCAACGGCUCGAUCGUGGCUUCGUCGCCGACGGCCAAAGUGUGGAGCUACAAGUUUGACACGUGCUCGGUGGGCCUGCGCACGCUCGUCACCUCCCGCAGCAUGACGAGCUGGGACCCUUGCUUCUUAUACGCGGCCGACUGCCCAGCGACGACCGUCGACCCUCCAACGCUCUUCCCCAUGCUCGAUGACGUCGUCUCCAGCAUCGCGCAGCUACCCACCGCUGCGUGGCGCAUCAAUUACCUCUUUGCCGACAACAUCAACGACUUCUUCUCGUUCGGACCGUUCAAGGAGCGCGACUGGCGGAGUGUCAUGACCCACUACGUACCGACAUCAAGAACGCGCAUCUGCGACCCGACCCAUCUACCACGACCGUGCUUCUGCGACCAGUUGUGGACCAACUUUGGCGCGCUCGGCGUCGAGGGCAUCGGCUGGAUCGUCGACGACAUGCAGAGCAAGCUGCGUUUGCAGGAAGACCGUAUCGACAAUAAGACGCAGCGGAUCGAUAUGGCGAUCGUCGAGUCCUUUGACGACUUUCGCGCGUGGAGCGGCGGCGUCGCCAAGGCGUACGCAAGCCCGUUCGACGUCGUGGCGCUCCUCCGCGUCCAAAACUGCUCGGACGUCCCCGCGCGCACCAACUGCUCGACGGUGUUUCUCGCCGACUACCGGUACGAAGGCGGCGUCGGGCGCACAAAUACCCUCUACUGGUAUGGCAUUGCGCACGCACUUCGGCUCGUUGGCCAGAUGUACAACAUCGUUCGUGCCUGCACGCUCCUCGCGGGCUGUUACUAUGCGCGGUGCACCGAAGACAAGUAUCUGAAUGCGUCGCUGCGCCAGCGGCUUCUUGGCGCGCUCUGCACGGGUCUCCGCAUUCCCGCCCAAGUCAUCAUCUACGGCAGCUGGUUGCCCGUGCUUCUCUUUGCGAUCGCGCACCUGAUCGACUCGCCGUUUCUGUACUUUACCAUCUACAUGGACCUCGGCACGCUCAACGGGUCGACCCGGUUCGUGCCGAGUCAGAUCUACACCUUUUGGGUCCUCCUCACCUGUCAUAUGCGCAACGUGUGGGUGCUCAGCCUCGUGACCAAGGGCAUUUUGCUCGCCGUCGACCGCCACCGGCGCCAAACGAUCCUCGGCUUCCGCGGGUACCUCCUCCCAGUCGUCUCGUUUCUCUCGGUGCUCUUUGAGAUCCGCCUCAUUGUUCUCCGCAAUACGCACGUGCUUCGCAUUGUCCCUGCGCACCCGAGCGGCCUGACGCUUUUCGUUCGAGAACUGCACUCGAUUCCCAGCAAUUUCAAGUUUUGGGGUGUCUACUCGGACGUCAAGAACCUCUUCAUCUCGUGGUGCGCCGUGUACUUGGUGUUUGGCGGUCUCCUCGGGCAGCCGCUGAGCUUCCACACGAACGUACCGAACUCGGUCCUGCGCUUUGGCAGCCGCAGCAUGUUUAGCACCUCGUGGCACACGGUCGCACCGCACGGGUCGCUGUACCACAGCCGCGUUCAGUGCCAUGGCCGCGUCUCGGCGGCGCGCAGGUCGCUGCAUGCGCUCGUGCACAUUGCGUGGAUGACCGACCCGCUGCAGUACGUUCUCUUGCUCUGGACGCAGCCCGUCGUGUUUCGCUAUCGCGUGGCACCGUCCAACCACAUUAUAUACCACGCGCUGCCAUGGCGGGAGCUGCGCCGCCUGCACGGCGAUGUCGACCACCUCGAAGGCGUCGGGCAGGCGUUGCUCAUGAAACUGCCUUGGCGCGAACGGAUCUACUGCCAGUGA